ACUCUACUCCAACACUCCAACGAGACCUCCAACAUCGCAUUGUAUAUACUUUGACUCUAAGGUGCUCUGGAUUAUCUCUCUUGCAGUCUCACCAAUUCCCCACACAAGCACCAAACAUGGCGUCCCUCCUCAAAAAGUCCCUAAAGCUCGCGCUCAUCCAACUCGCCUCAGGCGCCGAUAAGAGCGCGAACCUCACUUCAGCGCGUCAAAAGGUGCUCGAUGCCUCAAAAGCCGGCGCAAAACUCGUAGUCUUGCCCGAGUGCUUCAAUUCGCCCUACGGAACAAAGUACUUCGACAAGUACGCCGAGACGCUCCUCCCAUCCCCACCAUCGGAGUCGCAAUCGCAGACGUUCCACGCAUUGAGCAAAUUGGCGAAAGAGGCGGGGGUAUAUCUUGUUGGAGGAAGCAUACCGGAGAGGGAUGAUAAGGAUACGAAGAAGCUGUACAAUACAAGUUUGACAUUUGCGCCUAGUGGAGAGCUACUUGCUACUCAUCGCAAGGUGCAUUUAUUCGACAUUGAUAUUCCCGGCAAGAUCAAGUUCAAAGAGAGCGAGGUCCUGUCGCCAGGCAAUAAGAUCACUCUAGUCGACCUGCCCGAAUACGGAAAGAUCGCGAUAGCAAUCUGCUACGACAUACGGUUUCCCGAGCUUGCAAUGAUCGCGGCGAGGAAGGGCGCGUUUCUGCUAUUAUACCCUGGCGCAUUCAAUCUUACGACUGGCGCGUUACAUUGGGAGUUGCUGGCGAGGGCUAGGGCGACGGAUAAUCAGGUCUACGUUGGACUGUGUAGUCCGGCAAGAGAUAUGGAGGCCGAAUACAACGCGUGGGGACACAGCAUGAUCGUUGACCCUAACGCGGCAGUGUUAGAGCAGCUGGACGAGAAGGAGGGCGUUCUCAUCCGCGAAUUGGAGGCGGGCAAGAUUGAGGAGACCAGGAAGGGAGUGCCACUGUAUGGACAAAGGCGAUUUGACGUAUAUCCUGACGUCAGCGAGGGUGGUCGCUUCAAGGAAUAGAUAGAACAAUGAUAUCGAAGACGAAUGUAUGCGGAAAACAUGUUUACCUGAACUGUACUUUGGUAUACGCUAUGAGCGGAUUCAAGUGAAAAAGUAGAGUUUCAUAUGCUGCGUCGUUGUGGGCAGGGGCGCCGAACAGGGCCUGAAACACGCGCAAAGAUGGGGGAGGUAGCA